UGCGCUCUCACUUAGAAGUACACAACAACAAUGGCGAAGAGUAGACCCCAAGAAACGUCCACAAAAGGGCACCAACCCGACGUCGUGGACAGGCUUAGCGAACUCCCCGACGACCUCCUCCUCCCCAUCCUCACCGCCGCCGAGCUCGACAUGGUAACCGCCGUCCGCACCACCCUCUUCAACACCCGCUGGCGCCUCUUCUGGAAGUCGUUCCCCUCCCUCUGGAAAUCCUCCCCGUCCCUCCGCUUCGAAGCCGCCGGCGGGAUCCCCCUGGCCCGCUUCCACCGGCUCGUGGAAAACGCGCUCAACCACCGCGACGCCCGCUCCCCGCUCCGCCUCCUCUCCCUCACAGCAGCAACCGCCGGCGUCACCACCACCACUUCCACCGAAUGGGCCCGCGUGCUGGACCGAAUCCACGACUACGGCCAGGCCCACCGAGUCCCAACACUCCGGUCCUCGGCCCAAGCCCAAACCGCCAACCGGCCCAUAUACUUCUCCGCGAGAUUCGCCUGCCUCUGCUCCUCCGUCCAAAACCUCGACCUCUCCCUCCUCAUCUUCGACCUUGACGAACUCCGGUCCCUUGCCUCGAAUUUCGCGUCCCUGACGUCACUCCGCCUCCACCGCUGCGUCAUCCGGCGAUCCUCCUCCUCCUAUUCCUCCUCCUCGCCGUUCGAUUCGAUCCGGUACCUGAAGAAGCUGGAGCUGGCCGACUGCCAGUUCGAGGCGGCCGCCGUCACGGUGUCGGGGCACAGUCUGGCGGAGAUCGUCAUCGUGUUCUCCGACGCGGCGGCGCCGCCGCCGCAGCCUUGGUUCACGAUCUCCGCGCCGUGGUGCCGGUUCCUGACGUGCAGAGGAAUCUACCUCGAUUACUCUGUAAGCGCAGACCUCCCGUCGCUGGAAUCGUUGGAAUUGGACGCCCGGCGGAGGGUCGACUACGCCUAUCCAAUUACCGCGGAGGAGUCGAGUUUUAUGUUCAUUCGCGUCUUCGAGAAGUUCGGCAACGCAGAGCGUGUCAAGCUGUCUCUCAAUGCCAUCAAGAAGAACAGGCUUCUCCAUUCGAAAUGAUGAAGCGUGUGGAGCUCUAUGGUGGAAUACCCACCAUUAAAGAGUUUAACUCUGUGAUAAGUUAUUUGUUCCACGACCAUAUUGGAGGGCCUGCUCUCUUCCACCGCUUAAGUACGUAUAUAUUUGCAAUAAUGCCAUACUUCGAGCUAAUUCUGCCCUUCGAUCAGUACUAAUUAUCGCUUGCAAUCUUCUCUGUUUUGUUUGCCUGCAUACUUUCAGAUGCCGGCGGCGACAACUUCCGACGACCGGUCAUUGUACGCAAGAGUGACUUAUACCUGUUGGAAAUAAAGUAAUUAUUUUCCUUUAGCUAUAUGUUGGAGACGAACUUUUGAUUUCUGAUUUUGGUAUGGGGAAUUUGGCGGGGAGCUAGAACCGAUUGGGACAAGAAUUUGAAAUAGUUCUGAAUGUUAUGAUACCGGGAAGAAGGAAUCAAUAAUGUUAAAACAAUCGGUUGCGAUUGUGGUAAACGGUGGAAGAGGAUAACUUAUGAUUUCGCAGAUAAUGAUUCGAGAUAGAUUGCGAAUUGGUGGGCUAAUGUGAGGAUUGGGCAUAGCAUAUCUCGUAUUGGGUCUUCGAUAGCUUUCAUGGCAAACGGUGGAGGGGUACCAUGCAUUUAGAAUUUCACCGACAUUGUUUUGAAAUAGAUUGUGAAUUGAUGGGCGAAUCAACAGACGAUAGAUGAUAGCUCGAUGGAUAAUAGUUGUCACGGAGAAACGAAGGAACGAUAGCUGAAAACCUAGUUGACAAUAACUGUUGUGGGUUUUAAAAAAAAAAAGUCUUUCAAAAUUAAGGUCCUUGUGAGAAAGUAUAUGUAAAUGGAAAAAAAAAAUCUUAUAUAUGUUUGAAGGGUUGCAUUUUGAGGAGUUUGGGAGCCACUAAAUUAGACUUUUAUAUACCAAAACAACAAUAAAAAUUAAUAAUUUAA